AACUGCCAAAGGCAAACGCAAAGUGCUUAGCCCACAUUUGCCAACCCCCUCGAUGCGACAGUGCCAAGCGACCACCUUCCCGUAGCGAAAUAGCACAAGCCUGUCAGGUCUCGGCCAUGGUGGCCAUCGAUUCUCCGAUCUUAUCCUCGCCAGUCUCAUGUAGCACGAGCAGUAGCGGCGUGCCUGAUAAGCGUCGUCCGUGGACGCCCGAAGAUGACGCUGUGAUCCUGCGCUUUGUGAACGAAUGUGGCACCAAGCGCUGGGCAAAAAUCGCGGCGCUGCUGCCUGGUCGCACGCCCAAGCAGUGCCGUACGCGCUGGCUCAACUUCCUUGACCCAAACAUCGACAAGGCUCCGUGGCGGGCGGACGAGACACAGCUGAUCUUGGCAGCUCAAGAGCGCCUGGGCAACCGCUGGGCCGAGAUCGCCAAGCUGCUUCCUGGUCGCACCGAUAACGCCAUCAAGAAUCAUUGGUACUCGACGUAUCGCCGUCGCUGUCGCCAAGCGGCAAAACUUCAAGAGAAGGCAAAACAGAGUCAAACUCAAACGGAAAUGGCAACUCCAGAGCAGAUGAAAAUGACGGCAACAAUGAAAAUUCCAAAGCAAGAACAGGAUCAGGUGAUGGCAGAGGCAACUUCGACAUGGUGUGGGUCGGCAACAACUUCCAGCAUGCUGCCCUUGCCGUCUCCGCUGUCAGUAAGCUCGCCACUUGGAUCUGGCAUUCCGACGUUGCUAUCACCAUUGAGAAUGUCGCAUAGGACCAUGGCGUUGCCGACGUCCAUGGCCAUGCCAGUGCCGAUGCCAAAGGCUCUGUUUACAGCUUCACCGCCACAUUCCACGCCUUUUUUUUCGAGCACAGUAAUGCUGGAUGCAAAUGUUCCGCAUCAAGGGCCGACGUUGCAGAACCACCAGUCUGCAUGGAUGGGAUUUUCGGGACUGCAGUUGACGGAUCAUGAAUUUUCGUCAUCAAGUAGCAGCUGUGGAAGUGCGUCGAGUGCAUUUGAUACGCCUCCAGUAUCACAAAACAUACUAAUGGACCUGAAAAAGCGGCGAGUGGGCAAGUCAAGAGUGGAAGUUCUAAAGCGGCAGGGCACUUCUGGACGAGAGCGCAGCAACUCGGCCGAUUUAUUUCUCGACUGCGUUGAGAUGAUGAACCCCAAGGCAUCUACGAAUAGCAACAACAAGUGCAACUCGGCGAUGAGUAUUGCAACAAAUGACACCGACGAUGAAGGAAGCGAAUUGGCCUCUCCGAUGGACUGCGAAAAUCGAAAUCACUGCAACUUUCCUGGCGUGCAAAAGCAGUGGUGGGACCACAUUGGUUCGGAAUUGAGUACCAAAACCAAUGCGGACUUUUGCCCUGCCCCAGUAUUGUCAACAACGUCAAGACAACCAGAAAGACGUUAACCAGCUUGGUACCUAGAGUGUCCUGUUAGAGCUAAUGUUGGGCGAUAAAUUUAUGGGACUUAUUAUAUUUUUACUGUGCACG